AUUGGACACAAGCCAACAAAACCCCCAGAUUGCCUUCACUUCCUUCUUUUACUACCAACAAGCACAUCAAUGACAACCCGCACAUAACCUCGAACCCCCGUCUCGAUCUCUCGUCCUCUCUCUCUCUCCCUGACCACCAACCAUCACAUGCAUGUCGGCCGGGGGAGAACACCUCAAGGAUGAGGGCACACGGCGACAAGUCGUGCUGGCAGGAGGAAUUGCCGGCCUCAUCUCACGAUUCUGCGUCGCCCCCCUUGACGUCGUCAAAAUCCGCCUGCAACUCCAAAUCCACUCCCUCUCCGAUCCAGUCUCGCACCACAAUGUCUCCGGUCCAGUAUACAAGGGCACCUUGUCCACAAUGAAGGCCAUCCUGCGCCAAGAGGGCAUAACCGGUCUCUGGAAAGGCAACAUCCCCGCCGAACUCAUGUACGUAUGCUACGGGAUCAUCCAAUUCACGGCCUACCGAACCACCACGCAAGCUUUGUCCCAACUCGACCCGUACCGCCUUCCCCCGUCCAUGGAAUCCUUCGUGGCCGGCGCAGCGGCCGGCGGGCUCGCCACGGCCUCCACAUACCCGCUCGAUCUCCUGCGGACGCGAUUCGCCGCGCAGGGCACAGAGCGGAUCUACACGUCGCUCCUCUCGUCGGUCAAGGACAUCGCGCGGAACGAAGGCCCCGCGGGGUUCUUCCGCGGCUGCACGGCGGCCGUGGGCCAGAUUAUUCCGUACAUGGGACUGUUCUUUGCCACGUAUGAGUCGCUGCGGCCGCCGUUGUCGCAGUUUCAGGACCUGCCGUUUGGGUCCGGGGAUGCGGCCGCCGGGGUGAUUUCGAGUGUGUUGGCCAAGACGGCUAUGUUUCCGUUGGAUUUGAUUCGGAAGAGGUUGCAGGUGCAGGGCCCCACGCGGCAGUUGUAUAUUCAUCGCAAUAUUCCGGAGUAUCGCGGCGUGUUUAAUACGAUGGGGCUGAUUGUGCGAACUCAGGGUGUCAAGGGGCUCUACCGGGGCUUGACGGUUAGCUUGUUUAAGGCGGCCCCGGCGAGCGCGGUCACCAUGUGGACCUAUGAGACGACUUUGCGGAGGCUCCAGGACAUGGAAGUCGCGGCGAGUUGAGGGCGGCUGGUCCCUUACGCUUGCUUAUUUUGUAUAUUAAUGAACAGCCUAUUAGACCUUUUUGAUGUUCUAUGCUGGAUACCACCUCGGCGUUGGUUUGAAGAUAGAGAAAUUCAUCUGCU